UUGUAUUUCUGCAUUAUAUCAAAAAAUUAAACUAUUAUUAUUAAUAUUUAAUCAUUAUAUAAUUAUAUUCCCCUGUCAUAACAUUUCAAAUACGAUGCUCACUGAAUAUGAAGUGCCACCAAAUUGAUACAAUAAAAGGCUAACUGUUGUCGGUGCCCUGUCACACACCAAGUGAUGUUACUCAUGCAACCACCAGCAACGAGCUGAGAUCAAGCCUUUAACUUCUAGCUCUGUCCCCCCUUCUUCUUCUUCUUCUUCUUCUUCUUCUACUUAUUCUUCUUCAGUUCUUCCUUAGCUCAGAGCUGUCUCUUGGAAGGAAGAAGAAGAUGAUGAUGAUGAUGGUGCCCUCCAAAGCCAAGUCUGGUUCCACCAAAGCUCAAGGAGAUCUCAAGGUGAGCAGACUGAACAGGAAUGGAUCCACCAAGUCAGAUUCUCAGCCACUGGAGAAGCAGUCUUCUUCCCCCCUUCCGAAACCGCGUGGCUCCGUCGAUCGGCCGACGAAGUCAUUCGAGUCGAAAGUCUCUAGCAAGAACAGCACCGGUCCUCCUAGUAAACCAAGCUUGCAGGGGAAGUUGGAGGCAGUUGAGGUGGAGCUCAAGAAGGAAAUGGUUGCUCGGAUGCGAGCAGAAGAGAUCUUGGCUAUCGAAAGACGCAGGAUCGAGGAAUUGGAAGAGGAAUUGCAGAUUAAGCAUGAGCAAGAUGCGUCUUCCCUGAGUUGCAUGGCUGAAGAACUCCACAGGGUCAAGGAGGAGCUCAGGGGUGCCAAGGUUGAAAAAGAGAUGAUAUUGCGCGAGGUAGACGAUGCGAAAAGGGCCGCAAAAGUACACGAAGCGAAGGCGGAGCUCGCGCCGAUAGAAGCCUGUGAUCAGAAGGCCUCGCAUGAGUCUGAAUUGGAAGCUGAAAUUGGCAUGCUGAAAUCGGAACUCGAAAGGGCAAAAAUAGCCGAAGAGAAGUUGGUUCACAUGGAAUCGUUGAUCGAAAAGCUUCAGAUCGAGGCGACCGAUGCCCGAAACGGGGAAUCGAAUGUAUGUGCAUUGGUCGAGAGGCUAAAGGCAGAGCUUGAAGAAGCUUAUCAGUCUGAGAAAUCAGCAUCCGAUUCUCUAGCAGACAUGAUGGUGAAGCUGGAAGAGAGCAAGUCUUUGUUCGAGGAUGCGGAAUUGGAGAUAUCGAUCCUUCGAGCGAGGAUAAGCACAUUGGAGAUCGAAUCAGCGAGGCAGAAGAUUGAUCUUGAGGAAUCAAACAGGCAGCUUGAGUUGGCACAGCAAGAUGCACUGAACAUUGGCAAGACAGUCGAGUUACUGAAAUUGGAGCUUCAGAGAUUGGAGGAGGAGAAGUUGGAGGUUGCUAAUGUCGAAAAGGUCGCUUCUUUGAGAAUCGAGAGCCUCGCGGAGGAGAACGAUAAGCUCACCGCCGAGCUCGAGCUUAGCAAAGAUGAAGGGGAAAAGGCUAACAAGGAAAUGGAGUGUUUGGCUUUGGAAUUCAAGGCCUUGUCAAUGGAAGCCCGAGAGAGGGAAGAAAGGCUUUUGAGGAUGCAAACCGAGAUCGAAGAAUCAAACAAAGAGAUCGACCGAUUGAGUAGAGCUCUACAAAACACGAAAGAACUCUAUGAAGUGAUGCUAGACGAAGCGCGAUACGAGUUCGUGUGCCUUCAGAAAAGAUGCAAAGAUGAACAAAGCUUCAUCGGUACUAUUCGAAAAUUGGAAGAGGAGAUUGCCUCCUUGAAAGCUAAACAUGAAAAGAAUGAAUCAAUCGGAGAUGUAGAACUUGCGAAUUCUUGCCCCGACAAAGAAGAACCAUCAAAGAAUGAGAAUUUGGAGCCGAGUGAAACAUUACUAGAUGAUGAGAAUGAAGUUCAAAAUAGUGGAGUAUCGAACACUGAAGUAGAAUACACCGAGGAGGAUCGCUACCAAGAAGGCCUCACGGACAAUGGUUUAGGACUACAAAGGCAACUUGAAGAGGAAAGCGUCGACGAUGACUUAGACUCGAAGAUGAAUUCCGACGGUGUUACUCAUACGAAUGGAACCGAGCGACACAAGCUUCAAAGGAAGAAGAAAAGGGCAUUAGUACUCUACAACUUUGGGAACCUACUGAGGAAGGGGAAUCAUUAGUUGGCUCUUCAAUCAUGUAUUUGUGUUAUAUGAUUCGAUUACUUUGAGAUUCUUUAUCGAUAUGCUUUGAAAUGCCAAUCUUGGUAACAUUGUUUUCUUCUAA